AUGAAUACAUUAUGGUUGCUUAUUGUCUUCAUUUUACAGUCACCGGUGAAGGCUAAACCUUCAUGUAAAGUUUAUGGUACUUCAUAUAGAACUGUUGUGUGCAAACCUGGUGACAGUAAUUAUGUUUUGGAAAGAGGUUUAGUGUCGGAUAAUAAUAGCACAAUGAAAAUAGUUCUACGUGGCUGCAGAAUAUCUGAAGUGAAUUUGGAAUCUUUUGAGAAUUUACCAUCACUGAAACAUUUAGACUUAUCGCAAAAUAAAAUACAGGAAUUGAAAUUGGGAGUCCUUGAUGAAGCUUUGAAUGUAACUCAUCUAAAUCUAUCGUCCAAUUUGCUAACUGGAUUCCCACUUGGUCUAUUUGAUCAAAAACCAAAUUUAAUAACUCUAGACUUAAGUGGGAAUUUGAUAAAUUCGCUAGAGUUGGGAAUAUUUGAUCCACUUACAAAGUUAAAAUCAUUGUAUUUAUCUGCGAAUUUGUUGGUAGGAAAAGAUAUAAGUCCGUUUUUAUUUGACGAGAGUCCACAUAUAACACUAUUAGAUUUCUCCAGUAAUGACAUGUCUAAAUCACCUGAUAAUCUAUUACAUGCAUUCGAAUCAUUAGAAACUUUAAAUUUAAGCAGAUGUUUACUUACAGAGGUGCCAAAAUUUGCAACAACACCAAAUUUAAAAACGAUUAAACAUCUAACAUUAUCUAUAAAUCAAAUUCAUAAAAUAGAAAGCGCUGCAACAUUUUUAAAUUUACACAACCUAGAGAAAUUAGAUUUAGCACAAAACAAUUUGGAGUUCAUAAAUGAAAAUGUCUUCAGUUCCUUAAAGAAACUGAGGGGAAUUGUUUUGAGAAGCAAUAAAUUGCAGUUAAUUUCAAAUAAUCUGUUUAAAAAUUUACCAAAACUGGUAACUAUUGAUUUAGCGAAUAACUUUCUAACAUUUUUUGGUGUUGAUGGAUUGAAAGGAACAUCAUUGAAAAAUCUUAAUUUGUCAGAUAACAGACUAACAUUUCUACAAGAAAACUUCUGCUUGGAAUUAAAGAAUGCAGGAGUCACCUUAGUAAAAUUCUUAUUUAUUCCGAAUCCUUGGCAUUGUGCGUGCCUUAAUGAACUAUUGCGGGAAGUUAAAUCGAUGAAUAUUGUAUAUAAUAGUGCAUAUUUUGAUGGAAAGCACUCUGUAUGUAUCGCUACUGAUAAGUUUGUUUGCGAUAGAUCUUUAGUAGAUAUGUAG